AUGGACAUGGAUCAUCUCAUCGGUCAGCGUUUCAAUCUCAUUUCAAAAAGUGAAAUCCGCUACGUAGGUACUCUUCACGAAAUCAACCCUGAACAGUCGACAAUCGCGUUGGAAAAUGUCUUUUCUUUCGGCACCGAAGACCGCAAAGUCGAGAAAUUCGUCCCUCCCUCACAACAGAAAUAUGGGUUCAUAGUCUUUCGCGGUAGCGACGUGAAGGACAUCAAGAUAGCUGAGGAUGAGCCGUCACACCCCUCUCCUCCGCAGAGCAUACCCAACGAUCCUGCUAUCCUGAAUGCAUCACGACCAGGCGCACCUCCCAUGGGCCCUCCCCGCGACGGUCCGUUUUCUCCUCAAGAGUAUCCGCAUCCUCCGCCUUUCGGUGGCUACUAUCCUCCCGGUCAAUUCGGUAGAGGCUAUGGUCCACCUCCUGGAGGGUUUGACCCUGGUCCUGGAUUCCCGCCUUAUGGGCCUCCGCCUCCAGGUUACUUCGGCCCUCCUGGCGGCCCAGGGUUUCCACAAGGACCUGGUCACCCAUUCCCCCAACAUCCGCAACCUCCUAUCGGUCCUCCUGGUCUGCGCAACAAUCUUCCACAACCACCGCCACCCUCACGUCAACCACCCGCCUCAAAUGCUCCUGCUGAUCUCCCUGCAUCCGGCCUGACUUCCGAACUCCCGGGCAGCAACAAAGCUCCAGAAUCCACUUCUCCAGCCCCUCCGAAAGAUUCUCAACCCCCUCCCCCGGUUCCCGCUCGCACACCGCAAGCCGAGAUCGCCGCGAAAGCUGUUCCUACUUCGGCUCCUGGACCUGCAGCAGCCGCAGCCGCCCCGGCUCCUACCAAACCCGCUCCCGCAGGGCCCAAAAGCAACCGUGUCACGCCUGCAGUCCCCCUAACCGUCAAUCAAAAAUCAUUUACACCUCCCGUUCCAGCCGCAGAUGCCUCGGCAGCAAAUGGUGGGGCGGCGAAACCACAAAAGCCUGUCACCUCGCAAGCUGCCAUGGACGAAGCGGCGCGACAGGCAAAAGAGGCGGUUGCAGCUGCAAUGGCGAAGCUAAACCCUCAAGCAGCUGCAGCACAGAACAAAACAUCAUCUGCAACAGCUGCGGUUGACGCUCUCACAAAGAAAGUGGCCGAAAUCUCUACAGCAACAGCGGUGAAUGGGACGUCGCGCGGCGCUAGAGGGGGCUCAAGAGGAGGGCGAGGCAAUUUCCACCGUGGCAGCGGUCAAAAGAAGAUGGAAAUCCCCAAGUCUGAUUUCGACUUCGAGUCCGCAAAUGCAAAGUUCAGCAAAGAAGACUUGAUCAAAGAGGCAAUUGCUUCAGGAUCACCCCUUGAAGAACCCGCCACCAAGGAAGAUAGCGCUGCCGAUGCAGGAAUAUCAUCACCUCCGAGAAAAGAGAGCCUAACCAACGCAGGAGCUGCUUACAAUAAGUCGACCUCGUUCUUCGACAACAUAUCCUCAGAAGCUAGGGACCGAGAAGAGGGAGGUGAUGGGCGCGCAGGUGGAAGACAAGUCCGAAGCGAAGAGUUCAAAAAGAACAUUGAAACCUUUGGACAAGGCAAUGUGGACGGAGGGUAUCGUGGCCGUGGUCGGGGCGGUGGCUACGGUCGCGGAAGACAGUACGGAGGCACCUAUCGAGGCGGCUACAACAACCGUGGAUAUGGUGGGUACAACAACUAUCGUGGGAGUCGGGGACGUGGCGGGCAGAGUCAAUCACAAGCACAGGGCCAGGCUGCUGGGCUCUCUUAG